UCCCUUCCCAUAAAUUCCUCCCUCGCCCCAUCGCGCCUCUGGUCCCUGCCAAUCACGCUGGACCACCCUCUCGGCCCGCCCCAGAGCGCACACCCGGCGGGUCCGCGGCUUCGCCCGGGAGGCGGAGAAGCUGGGGCUGCCAAAAGAUGGAGUGUGGUGCGGCCGGCCGCUUCUCCGAGGAGCAGUUCCGGGAGGCCUGCGCGGAGAUCCAGCAGCGCGCGCCGGCAGGGGCCAACUGGGAGCUGCUGGUGGAGACCCUGGGCUUCAGCAUCUACGGGCUGCUGGACCAGACUGGACUUUAUGAGUAUAAAGUGUAUGGUGUUCUGGACGACUGCCCUCCGGCUUUACUCGCAGAUGUCUACAUGGACUUAGACUACAGAAAACAGUGGGACCAAUAUGUUAAAGAACUCUAUGAAAAGGAAUGCAAUGGAGAAACCGUGGUCUACUGGGAAGUGAAGUACCCUUUUCCCAUGUCCAACCGAGAUUACAUCUACAUCCGGCAGAGGCAAGAGCUGGACGUGGAAGGGCGGAAGAUCCAUGUGGUCCUGGCCCAGAGCACUUCCGUGCCGCAGUUUGCCGAGAGGCCUGGUGUGAUCCGGGUAAAUCGGUACAAGCAGAGCCUCGCAAUCGAGAGUGAUGGCAAGAAGGGAAGCAAAGUUUUCAUGUAUUACUUCGAUAACCCGGGUGGCCAGAUUCCGUCCUGGCUCAUUAACUGGGUCGCCAAGAAUGGCGUUCCUAACUUCUUGAAGGACAUGGCAAAAGCCUGUCAGAAUUACCUCAAGAAAACCUAAGAAAGGGAACGAAUGGUGUGUCCGUGGAAUGAUGUCUCUGCAAGUGCCACAGCCCACUGAUGCUCAGCUUUUCUUUCACUAUUCUAUCUUCGGAGGCCUGCACACUGUCCCACACAUCGUCCCCAAGUGUGUUUGCCUGAUGCCUGGCUUCCUUUCCCACUCUCCCCACCCCGGGACUGGCUGCCUUCUUCCACUAUUGAAUGUGGGUCAGAUUAGGGAAACUUUUGCUUGUUUAUUUUUAAAAAGGGAAGUCCUCAAUAGGGAACACAAUCAUUCCAUUGUGCCAUCUUAGGGGGAUGGGUGGGUGGAGGAACAACAAAUGCAAGGGCAACCAAUCCUGGCAAGCUGGUUCCUUCCCAGAAUGUGACUUCUUGCAACCCAGGAGGGGCUGCUGGGAUGCCAUCCCCUUCAGACUGGACUCUUGGUGCAUCAGACUGGGAGACACGUGCUGAUGUCCAUUUGCCUGAUGCUUUGGUGUGUUGAUUUGGCUGGGGUCUGAGGUGAUGAUCCAGUAAGUCUUUCCACCAUUUGUACUUGUAGAAGAUCCUGAGCUGUUUUGAUUUCAAACCAUGUUGAAACACAUGGCAGGCCUGAUUACACACUUAAUGUGAUAGCCAUGUUUUCUCAUCAUCUAUGUCUGGGAUUCUCCUUCCCACAUGCCACUGGAGAGAGGCUGACCAUACCUCACUAGCUCUGCAUUUUAUCAGAAACUGAGGCAUCAUGAUGGCUCUCUGGUGGUUUGCAAAAGUCAAAAUACUGUGUGCACAGCUGUGAUAAAGUGUCUUUAUAUGCAAUAAAAUGAAUUUCCCUUCUAGAAUGUUUGGAGAUUCUGAAGGGAUAAGAGUUCACAACCAGGGAAAUAUUAAUUAGUGGAUUGGGUGACUCUACAACUUUUUUCUCAGGAAUUCUACCUAAGAUGUCUGCCUGUUCUACUGCUAAAAGACGUCCAGUUUCCUGUUUUCUCCUGAAUUUUGGUAGAGCAAGAUAUUCUGUGGCUCAAGGCAUAGCCUUAAUGAUCUCAGGGAAAAAUUUUAACCACUGUGUGUGAUGGCACUGAACCCUGAUUAGGGGUCAUAGACAUUUAGGAUGUAAAGCCAGAAGCAAAGGAUUUAUUAAAAUGGGAUACCUCAGACUGUAUGUUUUCUCUCUGGGAAGAAAACAGAUUGAAUACCAAUAAAUACAACGUGACAUAAA